CUCUAUUUUCCAGCAAUACAGCUAGAGGAGACUUUCCAGGUCUUUCUCAGGGAUUCUGCAUCUACAAGAAACUUGGACACGAGCAUAAAGCCUUGCAGGACAACCACUCUAUUAGUAGUACCAAACCUCAAAGUCUAUCCAUCAAUACCAAUACUAAGACUCAUGAACCACUCAUCCAAUCUCAAAAGUGUCCACAAAUGCAAAGAUGUAACCCAUCCCACAACCUCGCCGGCCCAAAACAAGCCUAGCGCAAGGCUGACCCGAAUUUGUCAUAUCCCCUCCUUAUCUCCAUUAAGAUACAUCCUCCUCAAAAAUGCACCAUGUCUCUCCAUUUUCUCUCUCUCGAACUUCGUUUUCCUUUUACACUCAUAUAUUCUCUCUUUCUUCUAGAUCCAUAACAUUUUCACGUCCUCGCGGAAUUUCCUCAAAUACUAGAAAUAUGACUGCAAAUGGCAUAACACCCUCAGAGGGGUCUGGACGUAGGAAACUUAAGAUAUUAAUGAUACAUGGUAUAUAUACACCCUUUCCCUUAUUCUUCACAGACCAAUUCAAGCAUUUAACACCCAGCAGGCUACACGCAAUCCGGUCCAUCCUUCAAUUCCAAAACCAAAGCCCUAACCAAACUCCUCAACCGGCAAUUCCCCCCCUCUCACCCCAUCUACCCAGGCGGCAUUCAACUCCUCUACCCUACCGGUCCAAUCCCCCUCCUACCAGCCGACAUACCAGGCUACACGCCCAGCUCCGACCCCUCCCUCGCACCAACCGACGCAUACGGAUGGUGGAAACGGGAGACGGGCGGAGCGCGAUACGCCGGCAUUGAAAAAGGGUUACAAGUAAUCGCGAGCACGAUCCAAGAAGCAGGAGGAAUCGACGGCGUAAUUGGAUUUUCCCAAGGGGCAUGUGCCGCGUAUUUCGUAGCGAGUUUAUUGGAGAUGAAUCGCGAAAGUGCUUUUGCUCUUCAAUGUGUCAAGAAUCCCUCUGAGGCUCUUCCUUACCCCGCCUCCUUCACAACCCUUAAACAGCAACUUCGUCAACCCCCGCUGAAAUUUUGUAUCUUGUAUUCUGGAUUCUAUGCGCCGUAUGGAGGAUACGAGGCAUUUUAUAAUCCGCCUCUGAAAACGCGGGUUUUGCAUGUUAUUGGGAGUUUGGAUACUGUGGUAGAGGAGCAUAGGAGUAUGGCUCUGGUGGAGGCGAGUGAGGAGGGGAGUAGGGAAGUGUGCUUUCAUCCGGGAGGUCAUUUUGUGCCCAUGGGGAAGGAGUUUGGGAAUGUGGCUGUAGGGUUUAUGGUAAAAUGUUUGGAUGAAAAGAAGCCGGUGGUCGAGGAGAGCGUUGAGGAUAUGGAUGUGCCAUUUUGAGUGAGAAGUGGAGGUUUCAUAGAAAGGACAGGAGACACCUCUUCGUUCUAAUAGAGUUACAAAGCUAGAAUAGAUAUAGGACAUCAUAGACAUGGGCAUAAACGAUUCAUUUCAUUAGAAUCUAGAGUAAUUGUACAAAGCGGCAGGUAUCAUUAAGGGUAGAUUAGAAAAGAUCAUUAAGCCUUA